GUGAGCAAUAGUUCACUUGAUGUGGGAUACAGAGUGGGAUCUGCAGCAGAACAAGAUCAGAUAGCCGAUAUGCAAAGAAAGUGUGAGACACGGAAGGAGAGAGACCGUCCACUGCCCGUGACUCUAUAAUGAGUUGUGAGGAGCUGAUUUGUUGAUUGGAUCGGAGCCUACAGGCCAUUUUGGUGCUUCAUUGCAGUCAUUUUUUCUAAUUUCUGGUCAGUUUCUCACCAACUGGACAUCAAUCGAGCAGCAAAUUUGAAGGACUUGACAACAGGAGUGAUUGUAAUGCUCUCCUCACUGAGUGGAGAGAGAGAUGUGCUGAAACUACGAGACGUAGACAUGAAGGUACAUCCACUUUUGUGCCUGAGGAGGAUAGAGUGGUUCUACCCAUAACAGAACUGAAGCACGCCCGAGGAGAACCAUGCAGCAGUUUGGCUAGACGACUGAAAAGGAAAGCUGGAAAUCCACAUUUGUCAGAAACACUUGCACACAAGCAAACUACGGCUGUGCCUCACCUCUCAAUUCCAGUUGACACUGAGUCUGUGUUGGACGGAGCAGUGCCUUUUCCGUGAGCGUGGUCAGAUUUGUAUGAGCCGGGCUGACAGUCUGAAGCCACGUGGCUGUGUUCCACUGAGGCAUGAGUGUGGGAAGGGCCCACCACCACAGCUUCGUGUCUUGUGAAGAAGAAGGCCUGAGACUAAGUACCAUGCCUGCCGUGGGCAGCUUUGGCAAUUGCAAGAUCCACACGAGACGCAAAUACCAUGGGCGGUUUGUCACCAAGACUGGUCAGUGCAACAUCCAUUUCUCAAACAUGGAUGAAAAGUCACAGCGGUACAUGUCGGACAUUUUCACAACCUGCGUGGACGUCCGCUGGCGAUACAUGUUCCUGCUGUUCAGCCUGGCGUUUGUGGUGUCCUGGUUGACAUUUGGCUUGGCAUUCUGGGUCAUUGGCCUCCUGCACGGUGACAUGGACCAUCACAAAGGGGACGACAGUUUUGUUCCUUGUGUCAUGCAGGUAAACACCUUUGUUGCAGCUUUCCUGUUCUCGAUUGAGACUCAGACGACCAUCGGGUACGGUGCUCGCUGUGUGACAGAGGAAUGCCCAGCUGCUGUCUUCAUGGUGGUCUUUCAGUCCAUCUUGGGCUGCAUCAUUGAUGCCUUUAUGAUUGGCGCUAUCAUGGCGAAGAUGGCGAGGCCCAAAAAGCGUGCCCAGACUCUACUGUUCAGCCACAACGCAGUCAUCGCUCUGCGGGAUGGGAAGAUGUGCCUCAUGUUUCGGGUUGCUAAUCUAAGGAAGAGCCACAUUGUGGAAGCCCAUGUGCGUGCCCAGCUCGUCAAGCCCCGUUACACCGAGGAAGGAGAGUACAUCCCCCUGGACCAGAUUGACAUGAACGUGGGCUAUGACAAAGGCACAGACCGCCUUUUCCUGGUCGCACCGCUCACUGUCAUACAUGAGAUUGAUGAAGAAAGUCCACUGUUUGGCAUUAGUAAGCAAGAUCUGGAAACAUCUGACUUUGAGAUAGUAAUUAUUCUUGAAGGGAUGGUGGAGGCCACAGCCAUGACGACACAGGCACGCAGCUCUUACCUGUCCUCUGAGAUUUUGUGGGGUCACCGCUUUGAGCCUGUCAUCUUUGAAGAGAAGAACCAGUACAGGAUAGAUUAUGACUACUUUCACAAAACAUUUGAAGUACCAUCCACCCCUAGAUGCAGUGCAAAGGAAAUGGAGGAGAGAAAAUUCCCAAAAUCCAGUGCCAACUCCUUCUGCUAUGAGAAUGAACUGGCCUUCAUCAGCAGAGAUGAGGAGGACGAGGAAGAUGUAGAGAAAGAGGGAGUGAUGAAGUACUCAUCAGAGCUGGGCAAUGCAGUUGUCUUGUGAAGAGCCCUUUGACUGUCAUUCUGCUGACAUGAGGACACCACUGAAAACAUUACCGCAGCAGGUGGAGGACCAGCAGAACCAUCAACUCCAUCAGACAAGCGAGACUAAAACUCAACAUUGGAUGAGAUGGGAUUUUUUGCAUCCCUGCGAUGGUUAUUGAGCUGCAUCAAAUGGAUACAAAAAACUGCCACGUUUCAAAUUGCAAAUCCAAGGAAUAAAGUGCAUGACAAUAGCAUAGUUUUGUAUCAAUUGCACUUCUUCUCAGAUGUUUUCUCCUUUGAAAUGUUGUGCAGUAAGUGUGACUCUAAAAAUAUAAAAUCAAAAAUAACCAAAGAAAAAUAACACACUUCACAGUUACGCACACACCUCUAUGUGUGUGUUUGUGUGUGUGUGUGUGUGUGUGUGUGUGUGUGUGUGUGUGACCUCAGGACAUAAAACCAACAGCCAGAAGGUUCCCAACAGGCAAUAGAGUCUAAUUAAAGUCAUCUGCAAUGAAACCCUGUCACAUGCAUGACCCGUGGGAUGCAAAGUGAAGUACUAUCGAGUCACAUCUAUGCUCUAUAUUGAGUUAGAAGGCCAAAUCCAGAGAAUCAAACAGGGAAGCCCUGACACACAACACCAAAUACAUACUGAGAAUAUACUCUAAAUCCUAUCUCUUCAAGUUAUUGAUAGUUGACAACGUAUUAAUGAUUCUUGACAAUAUCAGGAACUUUGAACAAGCUCCAACCCAGAUUUAGGUGCAGUAUAGUGUAAUGAAAAUGUCCUCAUAGAAUUUAUCAAUAGGACAAGUAAUUAGGUUAUUAGGUCAGUCUGUGUGCCACUGUUUCACUCAUCCCAGGUGAGAUGAAUUGGUUUUCCCUCCACUCACCGCAUCUUCGAACUAAUAGCUCCACGUGGGUUCAUUUUCACGCGGGACUGCAAUUUCAGCAGGUUCCAGCACAUUUAUAUUCUGCUGACUCGGGCGUGUUCCAGAAAACAAGCGACGUUCCACUGCUGUAUGCACCAAGAACAGGGCCAAGGACUUUCUGCAUGAAGAACUCUAAUUUGUACAUUUUUCAGGUCUUUAUUGUAAAUAUUUAUAUAUAAUUUUUGUUGUUGUUGUUGUUGUUGUUGGGACUGAAAUAACAUCUGCUGAACGGAAUGACGUUGACCUCUUCUUGCUGUCUUCCAAUGCAUUUGAAGCAAUCUUGAAAGCAGCUUUCACACAUGCACCGAAGUCCGGACAUUUCUUCUGAACUUUGCGGAGGGGCUGUCUGUGGGAACGUAAACGUCUGCAAAUGUUGCUCCGGAACUUCUCCUGCCAGCCCCCCAGUAAAAAUUUCUGACAAAUGUGAGAAUACAGCAGGAAGAUCUCCAGAUGAUUCGCAGCGAGCGAGUGGGCGCUCUACCCAGACGUCACCCCUUGCCUGAAUGUUUCGCAAAUUUUUCCUGCGGUUGUGAACACAUGUAACUCUGACAAACUCCUGCCGUGUUCAUCAUGUAAACGGCCAACAGAGACCCAAUUUUUCAGAAUUUUCAUGUCUGAAAACUGCUUCAGUUGCACCUGACCUUUACCUUUUAGUUUGUUGUGUGAGACAACAACUCAUGAAUUGACAGACAAGUAAAAGAGAAUCUACUGUUGGUUACCACAAUAAAAUACAUUUCACAAAAGCCAA